GACAGUCGCAGCAGCAGCAGUUAUGCCUGUUGCUGGUCCGGAUCUCCACGGAGCGCUCAUGUCCCAGCAGAGAACUUCACCGCCCGGAGACCGCAGUCCACUCAAGACCCGAGGAUAAUACGUCUAAUAAUACAAUUAAUAACAAUAUUGGAAUAAGAAUUCUGGUGUGAGUAGAGUUGGAUGUGGCAGAGGCAGCGCAGGCAGCGCAGGCAGCGCAGGCGGAGAGUCCGCAGUUUAUUAAGAAGAGGAACCGCAGGCUGAACGUGGACAAUCAUGCAUGUGCUCCUCUGGGGUCUGGGCUUCCUGCUUCUCCCGGAUUAUUUCAUGAAUGUCGCCGCAUCUACGGGGAGAUUACUUUUGAAUUCCAGCACAGUAAAAGAGGAAGUUGGCUCGUAUGAGAUUGUAACGCCAGUGCGAGUGGACGAAGCCGGGGACACGUUUCCACCCAGCGUCCACUUCCGAAGGAAAAGACGGAGUCUGGACGAGAGCGACGCCGCGGAUCACUGGACGUCUCCAAAUAUCCACUACAGGAUUUCUGCUUUUGGACAGAACUUUCAACUAAACCUCACGCUGGACUCGGGAUUUAUCGCACCUUCAUACACUGUGACAAUACUCGGACUACCACCAGGGGGCAACCUAACGGAUUAUUCUAUGGAUGUUGGGAUGAACGAGGACGAGGAGGAGGAGGAGGAGGAGGAGGAGGACACAGAGUUAAGACACUGCUUCUAUAAAGGACACGUAAAUGCACAGGAAGAACAUGCCGCCGUCAUCAGUCUGUGCUCCGGACUGCUUGGCACUUUCAGGUCUCCAGAGGGGGAGUUUUUUGUGGAGCCCCUGCAAACUUAUCAAGGAGAACACUAUGAAGAGGAACACACAAAACCUCAUGUUGUUUACAAGAAGAGUGCACCCAAGAAACAAACCCCCGGGGAGGAGAUCUCUGCUUGUGACACUUCAGGACACAAACACAGACAGAAGAGGCACACGCUGCAGAGAAGGCCCGCAGCCGCCGUGACCACCGGGUCCACUGCUGCCCCUGUGGUCAGCGCCGGUAUGUUCGGCGAUGUGGAGUCGCUGAGUUCCCGUCUGGCCAGCGGUGAUUUACUGGGAUCACAGAGCAGUGGCGGCGGUGCCAGCGCUCCACCUUCAAACGGCAGCAGCGGCGACUCGGGACCUCACAGGAGAUCAAAACGCUUCCUCUCCUACCCACGCUUUGUGGAGGUCAUGCUGGUGGCCGACAACAAAAUGGUGGAGCAUCACGGAGGCAACCUGCAGCACUACAUCCUCACACUGAUGUCCAUAGUCUCUUCCAUCUACAAGGACCCCAGCAUUGGAAACCUGAUUAACAUUGUGAUCGUGAAGUUAGUCAUAAUAAACGACGAGCUGGACGGUCCAGCCAUUUCAUUUAAUGCACAGACCACUUUAAAGAACUUCUGCAUUUGGCAGCAGAGCCAGAACACUGUGGACGACAACCACCACUCCCACCAUGACACGGCCAUCCUCAUCACCAGACAGGACAUCUGCAGAGCGCGAGACAAAUGUGACACCUUAGGUCUUGCAGAGUUGGGCACAGUGUGUGAUCCGUACAGAAGCUGCAGCAUCAGCGAGGACAACGGACUCAGCACCGCGUUCACCAUCGCCCAUGAACUUGGUCAUGUGUUCAACAUGCCUCAUGACGACAGUAACAAGUGUAGGGAGGACGGAGUUAAGAUUCAGCAACACGUGAUGGCUCCCACGCUCAACUACAACACAAACCCUUGGAUGUGGUCCAAGUGUAGCAGGAAGUACAUCACAGAGUUCCUCGACACAGGAUAUGGCGAGUGCUUGCUCGACGAGCCCGUCUCUGGGCCGUACAGUCUCCCGCAGCAGCUGCCCGGACGGAUAUACAGUGUCAAUAAACAGUGUGAAUUGAUAUUUGGGCCGGGGACGCAGGUGUGCCCUUAUAUGACUCAGUGUCGCAGACUGUGGUGCACCAGUCCAGAAGGCGCCCAGCAGGGAUGCAGGACCCAACACAUGCCAUGGGCAGACGGCACAGACUGCGCUCCUGGAAGGCACUGCAAACACGGCGUGUGCAUCAUCAAAGAGCAGGACACGGCACCUGUGGAGGGGGCGUGGGGAGUCUGGAGCCCGUUCGGUACCUGCUCACGGACGUGCGGCGGAGGCAUCAAGAUCGCCGAGCGCGAGUGCAACCGACCUGUGCCCAGGAACGGGGGACAGUAUUGCGUCGGACGCCGAAUGAAGUUCCGCUCGUGUAACUCUGAGCCCUGCUCCAAGCAGAAGAAGGACUUCAGGGAGGAGCAGUGCGCCGCCUUUGACGGCAGACACUUCAACAUCAACGGUCUACCUCCUAAUGUUCGCUGGGUGCCCAAGUACAGCGGAAUCUUGAUGAAGGACAGGUGUAAGCUGUUCUGCAGGGUGGCAGGCAGCACGGCCUACUAUCAGCUCAGGGACCGGGUCAUUGAUGGCACGCCGUGUGGACCUGAUACCAACGACAUCUGUGUCCAGGGCCUGUGUAGGCAGGCCGGCUGCGACCACGUGUUGAACUCUAAAGCCAGGAGGGACAAAUGUGGCGUGUGUGGGGGUGACAACUCCUCCUGUAAGACUGUGGCAGGAACCUUCAACACUGUCCGCUAUGGCUAUAACGAAGUGGUGCGAAUACCCAGCGGUGCUACAAAUAUAGACGUGCGUCAACACAGCUACUCAGGGAAGCCAGAGGAUGACAACUACCUCGCCGUAUCAAACAGCCGCGGAGAGUUCCUGUUUAACGGAGACUUGGUCGUGAGCAUGUUCAAAAGGGAAAUCAAAGUGGGAAACGCCGUCAUCGAGUACAGCGGCUCUGACCACGUCAUCGAGAGGAUCAACUGCACCGACCGCAUCGAAGAGGAGCUCACUGUCCAGGUGCUGUCUGUGGGGAACCUGUACAACCCAGACGUCAGGUACUCCUUUAACAUCCCCAUUGAGGACAAACCUCAGCAGUUCUUCUGGGAUGCCUAUGGGCCCUGGCAGGAGUGCACCCGCCUGUGCCAAGGGGAGCGAAAGCGCAAGAUUCUCUGCAACAGGGAGUCGGACAGAGUCGUUGUGUCAGACCAGAGGUGUCACGGUACGGCCAGACCCGCCGUCAUCACCGAGACCUGCAAUACUGAAUGUGAACUCAGGUGGCACGUGGCCCGCAAGAGUGAGUGCACGGCUCAGUGUGGCCCGGGAUAUCGCACCCUGGAGCUGUACUGUGCCAAAAUGAGCCGCGCAGACGGAAAGACCCAGAAAGUCGACGACCGCUACUGCAGCGGCCAGCGCAAACCGGACGACAAGGAAGGUUGCCAUGGAGACUGCAACCCCGGCGGCUGGGAGUACUCGCCUUGGUCAGAGUGCUCCAAGAGCUGCGGAGGCGGAAACCGCCGCCGAGGGGCCGUUUGUCGGAAGGCGGCCGAGGCCGGCGGCGACGAGAGCAAGUGCAGUCAAAGGGACAAGCAGACCGUCCAACCCUGCAAUGAAUUCCUCUGUCCUCAGUGGAAGACUGGGGACUGGUCUGAGUGCCUGGUGACGUGUGGGAAAGGCUACAAGCACCGGCAGACGUGGUGUCAGUUCGGCGAGGACCGUCUGGACGAUCGCUUCUGCAGCUCGUCUAAGCCCGAGUCUGUGCAGACGUGUCAGCAGCAGGAGUGUGCGUCCUGGCAGGUCGGACCCUGGGGACAGUGCACGACCUCGUGUGGUCCCGGCUACCAGACGAGAGCGGUGAAGUGUGUGGUCGGUUCUUAUGGCGCCGUCAUGGAUGACACCGAAUGUAACGCCGCCACUCGACCCACAGACACCCAGGACUGUGAACUGGCUCAGUGUCCCAGCAGCCACCCUGUCCCCCCCGGAACCAAAGUCCCCUCCGACCUGAGUCACAAAACCCAGUGGCGGUUUGGUUCCUGGACUCAGUGCACGGCCAGCUGCGGCAAAGGUACAAGGAUGCGCUACGUGAGUUGCCGCGACAACCAGGGCGGCGUGGCAGAGGAGGCGGCCUGCGCUCACCUCCCAAAACCUCCCGCCAGAGAAGUGUGCUCAGCAGUGGCCUGUGGACAGUGGAAAGUGCUGGAGUGGACAGUGUGCUCGGUAACCUGUGGCCAGGGGAAGACGACGCGGCAGGUAUUGUGCGUCAUCAACGACCAAGAAGUGAACGCCAGCGAGUGUGACCCGGAUGAUCGUCCAGCCGCAGAGCAGGACUGCGCCAUGUCCCAGUGCCCGUCCCGCUCCAGCGAGAACCGACAUCUGCCGUCCUCACCAAACUCCAGCUCCAGGAACCUCCUGCCGCGCAGCCAAGCCCACCAAUGGCGGACUGGACCCUGGGGCGCAUGCUCCAGCACAUGUGCGGGAGGUUUCCAGCGGCGCGUGGUCGUGUGCCAGGAUGAGAACGGCUACCCGGCCAGCAGCUGCGAGGACCGCAGUCGGCCAAGUGAGCAGCGAUCCUGCGAGUCAGGCCCGUGUCCACAGUGGGUCUAUGGCAACUGGGGAGAGUGCACCAAGCCGUGUGGCGGCGGCAUAAAGACCAGGCUGGUGGUGUGUCAGCGUCCAAACGGCGAGCGCUUCAACGACCUGAGCUGCGAGAUCCACGACAGGCCGCCGGACCGCGAGCAGUGCAACACUCAGCCGUGCCCGUCGAGCCCCCACUGGAACACAGACCCAUGGAGCUCGUGCUCGGCCUCCUGCGGCAGAGGCUUCAAAACCCGUAAGGUGAGCUGCGUGACCGGGUCCGGCCGCCCGGUCCCGGAGGAGAACUGCCAGCACCUGUCCGCCAAACCCGGCAAGCACCGGCGCUGCCGAGGCGGACGCUGCCCCAAGUGGAAGACUGGUGACUGGGGAGAGUGUUCGGCUUCAUGUGGAGACGGAGUCCAGCGCAGAGACGUCUUCUGUCACAACGGCGAGCGCCGACGUUCACACCAGAGCGGCUGCUCCCAGCGCUCGAGGCCCACGAGCAGCCAGACCUGCCGACGGGCAGAGUGUCCGCUGUCCCGCUACCGAUGGAGGGAAGGAGAGUGGCGGGGGUGCAGUAAGUCGUGUGGUUCGGGCCACAGGCGGCGAACCCUGCAGUGUGUGGACCACAACCAGCAGGAAGUCCAUGAGAUGUACUGCGUGAACCGGAUCAGACCUCCAAAGAUCGAAACCUGCAACACACACGCCUGCGAUCACAUCUGGAUCACAGGGGAAUGGACUGAGUGCUCAGCCAGCUGUGGCCAAGGUUACCGCCAGCGUCUGAUCUCCUGCAGCGAGGUGCAUGUGGAGAACGACAACUAUGAGUACGGACAUCAGUCUCUGUCCAACUGCCCCGGGACUCCUCCUGAGAGCUACGUGCCAUGUAGCCUGGAACCGUGCCGGCCCACACGGGUGUGGAGGGUUGGAACCUGGGGAGCGUGUUCAGUGAGCUGUGGGGACGGCGUCACAGAGAGGACGGUGCGGUGUGUGUCCACAGACGGUCAAGAGAGCGAUACUUGUUCUCCGGACACGAAGCCGGACGGCACAAAAGUCUGCAGAAACCCAAGCUGCCAUUUGCCGUCCAGCUGUCAGGACGUCCAGAGCAGGAACGGCGGCCCGCUCACAGACGGCGAACACUUUCUCAACAUUCAAGGAAAAACACUCAAGGUGUACUGUGCAGGGAUGCAGACAGACUCUCCUCAUGAGUUUGUCACCUUGACGACGGGAGAAGGCGAGAAUUUCUCAGAGAUCUUUGGCUUCAGGUUAAACGACCCCACUCAGUGUCCAGCGAACGGAUCCAGAAGAUCAGACUGUGACUGUCGCAGAGAUUACACAUCUGCAGGAAUCACAACUUUCUCUAAAGUCAGACUGGACAUCGACAACAUGAUCAUCAUCACGACAGACUGGCAGUUUGCUUUCACCCGAGAGGGAAAGAGCGUUCCGUUCGCCACAGCUGGAGACUGUUACAGCGCCGCCAACUGUCCGCAGGGUCAGUUCAGAAUCAACCUCUCAGGGACCGGUUUGAAGGUGACGGCGGAGACUUCGUGGAUCUCACAGGGAAACUACGCUGUGGCUGAUGUGCGAAAAUCACAGGAUGGCAGCAGAGUGUCAGGAAUGUGUGGAGGCUACUGUGGGAAAUGUACCCCGUCCUCUGGCUCCAGUCUGCCUGUGGCUGUGGAAAAAGACUAACACCGUAAAACCAAAAAACCAUAAACAAUCCAACACACUGUCAAUCAAAUACAGGAUGUAGAAACCCUGACCCGUGACACCUCAACUGUUUACAUGUUUCCCUCCAGAUUUCACUUCCUGUUCAUCUCAGCAGAUCUUCUUCUUUUUCUUCUUCUUCUUCUUCUUCUUCUUCGCCACGUGCAACAACGUCACCUCCUCUUUGGGUGCUACGACCAAACCGCAGCUCGGACCCCGUCCGUCACGUGACCUCCAACCACACUGUGUAGAAUGUAAAUGACUCUGGUGUAAGUACUGUACAUAUCAGGAUUACAAGUCUUCUUAUUUAUUUUACUUGUAUUGUGAUGUAAAUGAACGUGUCUCGUCUCGUGGACAGCGAUGGUCUGUGUCCACACUGCAUGUGUUACAGAUUAUGGAUUAUAUGAUGUCUGGUUUUCAUGCAGUGAGGAGGUUUUGUGGACUACUGCACUACACUGUUCUGUCAUAAGCAGCUCUUUGUUUUUAACUGAAUGUAUUUUUUGUUUUUAUUCGAUUUCCACUAACGAGAAGUUUUUACAAACAGUUGCUGGGAAUGCAUCCACCCUGUCAGUCACACGUCGCUGUUGUUGUUGUUGUUGUUGUUGUUGUUGUUGUUGUUGUUGUUGUUGAUUCAGGCUCGGCGUAUCUGUUUCCAGGCUGUAACUCGGGAGCUGUACAGUGUUCUAAAUUAAGGGGACAGUAAAUUUAGUGACGUAUAAUGGUGAGACCGAUCCCUGUGUUCCUCAGCUCGUCAGGGAACUACGGUGGUUUAUCUUAGUUUGCAGUUUGUCCAUUCAGGCUCCUGUAGAAACAUGGUGGCACAAGAUGUCAGCUCCGUAAAGUAAGGCCCUCGCCUAAAGUACAUAAAAAUAAAUAUAUGAAACCAAAUCAUUAUAAUUUUGAAGCAAUUUAUACGUAUAACAAACAUAUUUACUGUUUAUGUCGGACAAUAAUCCCUCCUACGUGUUCUGGUACUUUGUAUAUAAAUUGUAUAAAUGUAAUCAUUUUGAUUCUCUAGCAUUAGAAUGAUGGUGCGUUCCGGUUGUGGUCGGAAGUUGGAUUUUCCCAGUUGAGGGGGCGGAUUUCCAAAAUCGGAGCACCUUACAAACCUUACCUGGCACGGUAUUCCAAAAUGGCUGCCACUCGUACAAACACUGCGACAUUUGCUGUUUUAGCGCUUGUGAUUUUUUGCGUUUCACAUUAAAUCAGUCGUACACACAGUCCUGUUCUUUUUUCUAAAGCGUGACGUGUUGCUACGCUGUUUUUGUUUUUACGCUGUUUCCGUUAUCGAGUGGUAUUGCUAACAUUGGCUAACGAUGGCUAGCCAAAGAUAUGUUUUGAUCAAUAGUGCCAAAAAUAAAUCCUGCCUACUGCACCUUUAACUGUGGUGCACUAGGUUCAGCUGCAAAGAAAUCACUCAAACCAGGAAAGAACCAGUUGUUAUUUCCAUGACAACCACAUCUGCAACACACCCAUAGUCACACACACAAUCAUUGUUGACUCACAACUAGAAGUUUGUGGGUCAGAAGAAAUGCAGAGAUUACGUUGGCAGACUUCAGAGAGACUCAGAUUCCUCUGGAGAUCGCUCAGGUAGCAGAGAGCCAUUAGCCUCGUAGCUUCAUUUAACCGAGCAGGCGGCUUGUCUUAUCAGCAGCAGCUUGAAAGAAUUCGGGAAAAACACGCCGGAAAAAAUUCCAUAGAGUUGAUACUCUGGAGAUAAAGUAUACAUGAAGCACUGGUUCCGCCCUGGAGACACUUCUCACUCACAGCGGCGGGAUUUCGGUCCAGAUGUCCGUCUCGUGUACCUCACGUUCUUCUCUUCAAAUGUUAGACUCUGUCCCACAGACGGUCAAUAAACAUGGACGUAGUUUUUCUGUUUUUUAAAAACAAACUCCUGUUGUGAAGCAUUAAGUUUAACGAGUUUUCUGGUUGACACCAAUUAUAUUGUAUUUUAACGAAAGCUCAGUGGCGCCACCUGCAACCAGGCUCCUAUUGGACGAUACCAGCUGUCAAUCACACAUGUUUUCUCGCCUGUGUUCUUCUCGUCUGAAGAAGAUCUGUUUUGUUCUCCUUCCUUUUGUGAAAAAAAAAACAUUUUGACAGUGGUCAAAAACAACAAAAACAU